AUGGACAGCCAGCCUCAAGUCACUGUUUGGUAUUUCGAUGAAAAUAACUAUCCAAUAUGCCAAGCAAUUUUCACAGGCCAACAAUGCCAAUAUUUCCCUCGAUGUGUUUUUUCACACAACCCUCCUAAGAGGUCAUGCUACGUCACAAUCAAUGAGAUGUUUCAAAACCCUCAUAGCAUGGUCCAAGAGCUCACUAGGCAAGCUUCUCAGGAAGGACAGUUCUCUACAGAAGACAUUGCUUUGGCUGUAGCGCUUCUUUUAACUAUUUUUCCCCUACAAAUAUUUUCCUCGCCAAAUAUUAGAUAGGCAAAAAUGAUAUUUUUAAACCAAAUAUCUAACGAUAAGAGUUUCAUCCAAUGCUGACUUAAUACCUUAAAGAGAAAAUAUCCUGAGGAGAUGUCAUAAAAUCCUUUGGCUUAUCAAGAAAAUGAGCCAUAUAUGGAAACCCCAGAUCCCCAGUAUAAUCUUGAGAAUGACAUUGAAAAUGACAUAGACCAACUAGACAGACUUAUGAAAGAAAUGAAACAUUUCGAAGAAGGCCCAGAUACGCAAGAAAAAAAUAUGAUGUGCCCAUUUCUUGUGGAAACUGGAAAUUGCUUAAUUAAGAAUAUUUGCUUGUGGGUUCAUUCAGAGGAUGAUUUAAAGCAAGGAAAUAUUACAAAAAUGCAAGAGUGGUAUCCUAAUUCUAUGAGUUGUGAAUGCUGUAAAGGGUUUAUUUAUGCUUGUCAAAGAGAAGAGUGCGCAAAAAAAGGAAGCUGCUCAGUGUGUCUUGCUUCUUCCAAUUAUAAUAAAACAAUUUUAUAAUUAAUUUAUUUAAAGUUAUAAUUUAUUUUUAGGUUAAUUUUAUAUAUAAAUAAAUUUUUUAUUAAAGGGAAAUGCAAUGACACCAGUUAUUUUAUUUAUAAUUGAAAAAUCUAAAUCCCUAUUGGAUCAAAAUAUUUUUCAAAUAUUGAAACUAUUAAUUUUAUAGCUUUUCAUUAUUAAAAUCAUAAAAAAUAUAUUUUUUGCGCUAUUUAAUUGAGGGAUUUAGUGAAGGAGUUACUAUAUCUUAA